AUGACAUGGGACGCCCACAUAAACGAGGUUUGUCUUGCCCUUUCUAAGGUUGUAGGAAUAACCUCGCGUAAUAAGUACGUUCUACCUGAAAAAACUAAACUUACUUUGUAUUACGCUUUCUUUUAUUCAUAUUUAAGCUAUUGUUUUCUUGUCUGGGGUAAUCAGGCUUACUCGCAGUUUAAAAUUGUGCCUGUAUAUAAUUUAUUUGAAUAUAGAUUCGCGUGUUUUUACAAAAAUAGUAUAGCUAAAAACGAUAAUUUUCUUUCACGUAUUGUUUCUACUGUGCCCCACAAUACGCCUUAUGCAACCAGGGAAAAAGACAGCUUUGUUUUACCUAGAUGUAGAACGAACUAUGGCUUUACAAUGUUGCGAUAUAUCUUGCCUAAGUUUUUGAAUACUCCUCUAUGUGAUCACUAG